CGCGAGACUCGGAGGUGAGAGGAGAAAACAAACUUCAAAAUGAAUUCCACGAUGAAAUCCACCGGUGAGGGUUUUGACUUCUCUGCGCAGACCCUUGGGGAAUUCCUGCCCCAGGUGCUUACCCUGGUCGCUGCCUUCCUCUCCUCGGAAGAUAACAGCCAGCUAACCCGCGAGGCAGUGGACAUGGCUUCCAAACUGCUCUCUCUGGACCUGUCUCUGCAGCCGACCUACGAGCUCACUUCAGGCUGGCUCAGUCUCCUCUCGGGCGGCAGUCUGUGGUCCGUCACUUACCUCACGAUACCUGUCAUUCUCACCGGUAUCGUCUGGUACUUCAUCGUCACGUUUUUACUCCAGAAGAAUGUCUUCGGCAGGAGCUUUGGAUCACCUGCAAGAAUGGAGAGCCAAGAGGAAUACAUAGAUGAUUUAACUGUGAAAGUAAAAGAGGCUUUAGACCACCCUCGAUAGUUUUAUGAUAAUAGCACCAUAAUGGGUAAGACGUUCCGAGUUGUGAAAAAUGUAGAAAAAGUAUGAAUGAGACUGAUGUAUUUCCACUUUGCAAGAUAGUUAUUCAAUUUCCGAUACUGCAUCUUUAUGAGAACGUGCCACGGAAAAGUUAAUUGCAUAUCUUGCAUUGUGUUAUUAUUUAUUCUCUCUUAUACAUCUUCUGUUAGCAGGUACCAGGAUUAUUAGCCUGUUGAAAUGAUGCUGAUGGUAUACAGGUGUUGGUAUUAGGAAGAGAAAGAUAAUACAGGGUAAUAAACUGAAGUUAUCUGUGUUUAUAGAAUCAAAAUCUAUGAAAAGGCCAAUUAUUAAUGUUUAUAACAUUCAUGUAAAUACAACAUUAACUGACGUUUAAUUAGUAUAAACAAAUGUUAGAAGUUGACCAUACUAUGUUUCUUUUUUUUUGUUCAUUUGUUUAGAGUUUUAACUUUUUUGUAGUAUUUGUUUGUCUAAUUGAAUAUUCACUCACUAUUUAUAGUAGAUU